CCAUUACAGUCUCAGAUUCCCGCUUCAUCUCCCAUUUCGAAUCUUUACCCUUUCGUAUCUCUCCCUCUCUUCCAUUGGUGGUCUGAGGGCUUCAUCGGAGUUCCGGCGGCGAAAUCUCUGGCGGUUUCAGAUGUCAGAUUGGAAUCAGAGCUCAGGCUUGGAGGACCCGUUACAGGUGUACUCUGGUCUGUCGUUGUUUCCUCGUACGCUGAAAUCUCUGUCGAUUCCACUUCCUCCUCCUCGUCUGCAACAGUCCGACGAUCUGCAGCAGACCCAUAGUUUUCUGGAAUCUAUGCCUUCGAAAUUUCAAAGUGAGCUUGCGGAGCAGACAAAGGCCAUUUUAGAUAGCAGCUCAGAACUUCUAAAUCCAGGAAUUCCAGUCAAUGUGGUAUCUAAAGAUGAUAGCCAAGGCAUUGAAAUGAAUCCCAUUGCAAACCAACGUGAAAGAAGACAGGGCUUAGGCCGCAAAAGAGCACGGUUCUCUUUGAAGCCUACAACAAGUCAACCUAAUCCAAAUGUUGAUGAACCAAGUUUUGAUGAUAGUAAAUAUCACAAUCCUGAAGAUUUCUUUGCAGCCUAUGAAAAGUUUGAAAAUGCCAAAAGAGAAUGGCAGAAACAGACUGGUACCAGUUUAACACAUACACACCAGAACCAACCAGAAAUACGCCCCCGUAGACCAGGAAUUUCAGGGAGGAGACGAGUUUCAUAUAACCAUAGGUAUUCAACGGAUGGUGUCAACCUUGAAGCUUCAGAUGGGGAACUUGUCAGCCCCUGUGACGAAAGCUUGCUAAAGAAUAAUACAGCUAAUGUAACAACUGUAGAUGAAGAGUCCACUGAUCCGUCAACUGAGACUGAGAAGAAUGUGGAAAGCAUCCUGGGUGAUUUGCUUUCUUGCUCUCCAGAACUUGUGGGGGAUGUCAACCUUUUGGAAGAAUGCCUGCAGAUCAAGCCCAUUGAUACUGAGAAACUGUCUCUCCCUGAAUUGCAAGAUGUGCGAAAGAGCAACUUCAUGGCACCUCAAAGAUACUCAUCAAAGCCAAGGACUGUGUUGUCAGACAUACGGAAUAUGUUAAAGGGAAUACGCAGUGAAACAGGGCGAAAGAAUACCCAGACACCAUCGCCCCUACAAAGUCCAGGGGAUUCACUUUCUUCACAGAUAAAACAUAUGUCACCAUCAAAUCUACAGGAUCAGUUUUCAUUCCCCGAUCGCAAUCACUUGCUACCAGGAGAUAUUUCCACCAGAGCUCUCGGUCAACAGUCCAGUGAGGUUGAUGCAGCAAAGGGUUCAAAUAUCUACUCCAGAUCUUCAGCAACCAUCAGUGGUGAUGAUAUUGAUAACGUAUUCCCAUCUAAUGUGGGCUAUGGAGAUAUUGGCCCAGUAAACAAAUCUGUGGAGAAGACUUCUGGUGAACUUGAGUCUGAUACUCAUACUGAUCUCAGUAGACCUGUUUCAAGUUCAGCAGAAGGAACUUUAGGGGAUGGUAUGAAUGAUAGUGUCAUGUACAGAAACCCAAUCAGAUCAAAGUUGAAUGUAGAUAUACAAUCAGAAGCAAAUGAUGGGGACAUACCCAUUAGUGAAAGCGAGACAUGUAGAGACUUGACCAGAAGUGAAAAUGACCCAGAUAUUUGUGCAGGUGAAGCAAAUCAAUUAGAUGGCCUGGCUGAAGAUUCGUUUAGAGUGGAAACAAGAAGGGAUGAUUUCACUGUGGAAAAGGAUUUCAUUCCAAGUCAACAAGAUGAAUCCUCCAAAUCUCCAAAUGGAGCUCAAGAACAACACAGCACAGUGAAUGGAUCCCCUGAGUAUGUAGAGAACCUUCAAGAACAACAUGGGAACCAAAAUGAGAACGAUGGGCUUGCUCAUGGGCUUCAAGAAAAUGUCCAGGGAGUUCGCUACUCUUCUGAAGAACUAAUGACUAAGGGAGGAAAUAGAAUAUCCCAUGAGAGAAAAGGGAAAAAGCGAAACAAAAAGGGAUCUGAUGAGAGUGAGGGGAGCAAGCGAAUGAAAACAUUAUCCGGUGAGGGUGGAAGCUCUGAGCAAACUGAAAGAAUAUCCCACGAAAACAAGGAGAACAAGCGAAGAAAAACAGUAUCACGUGAGAGUAAGGCGUUUUCACGCAGGAAAAGUCUUGCAGCCGCUGGUACUGAAUGGGAAUCAGGUGUGAGACGUAGUACGAGGAUCAAGUCAAGACCACUUGAGUACUGGAAAGGCGAAAGAUUCUUGUAUGGACGCAUUCACGAGAGUUUGGCGACUGUAAUUGGCGUAAAGUACGAAUCCCCGACGAUGGCAGCAAAGGGAAAUCGGGAAAAGCCGAGGUUGAAGGUGAAGUCAUAUGUGUCCAAUGAAUACAAAGAACUCAUCGAACGAGCUGCUCUGCAUUGAAGAACCCAACCAGUCAGAACUCCUAAGAGGUGAAACAUCCUUAUAAACCUCUAUAUUUCUGGUUCCUUUGUUUCUGAACCAUUUGUUAAUGGUUUGUGUCCUUAUCGUUUGUGUUCCAUUGUCGGAUCUAAACAAAAGCCCCCCCUCCUUUUUUUUGUAGCAGAAGAAACGUUUCUCUUGUUCCAUGUAGCAGCAGUAACCCGAGUCUAAUGGUUUCUCUAUGUCAUAAUACAUAUAUAUAUAUAUGUAUGUAUAUUAACAGCCUUCUUCUCUAACGUUUCUGUGGCUCAACCGUUACUUUGUUUUUGACUUUCA